UUGGAUUAAAAUAAUAUUUCUAAAGCUCAGUAUUUCCCCAUGACCUAUAAAUAUAGGGACUCAGUUUCCCCUCUGUCUUUGUGUCUCUUCUCUCCAGUGACACUGAGUUCCUGGCAACCUUCAGCCAUGAAGAUCCUUUAUCUGCUCUUUGCUGUCUUCUUUCUGGUGCACCAGGGUGCAACAGAAUUCUCCCAGGCUCAGAAUCUCAACAGGAGAUGUGUACUCCAGGGGGGUACCUGCUACUAUCUGAGAUGUCCCCAAUUUAUUAGGACAGUCCUUGGAAGAUGCUACAAUCGUGGUGUUUGCUGUGGAAGGGGACUGUUGUUCUGAUUGUCUAGGCAGGAACUCUGGGAAUCUGUGAGACAGCCACUUGCUUCUAAAAUCAUUGGAUCCUGCUUCAAGGGAACUUUGAAGUACUGUUUGUUUUGGCUCUAAAGAACCUUGUGAGCUGGAGAAAUUACAGAAGGGAGCCCUUGUA